CACUCCCUAAAGUCAUCACCACAGUAUCUAUAGAAACCAAGUGGAAUAAUCAUGGUUUGGCAUUGUGAAAUAUUUCGGUCCGAACCUAUUUGUAAUUUUCCUUGUGUUGAGGUGAAUUAUCACGCGACAUCGUAGUUGUUGUUAUUUUACAUCUUCUUGCUUAACUCUAACUGCUGACAGCGUCCCCUGCACGUCGUCAAAAUGUCACCAGGCUGACGGUUGCACCGCUUGACGGACAGCCGAAUUUAUGGACUACGUUUUAUCUUCUCCGCCAUUUUGAUCGGUGACACCACCGGUCGUCGUCGCCCGCCCGUUGAAGUUAAUUUCGGCCUUUGUCGGUGUGGUCCACAGCGUCUGCAAGACCAGCGCGCACACGGCGAAUGGAUGGUGACGGGAGGACACUGCAAGCGUGAAGCUAACAUACGCCACAAUUGGAAUAGAAGAGCCCCGCUAUGGGCCGCUGCGGGUGACCUCACAGCCGAAUCUUACAUGAUGACCGAGGACAAUGCCGACUGAAAGCUAAGAGCACACAUCGCUGCGGACAUCAGCCAUGUUUUGGAAAUUUGACCUACACACAGCUUCUCACCUGGAGGCGUUACUGGACAAGGAGGAUGUCACGCUUGCUGAGCUCAUGGAUGAGGACGACGUGUUGCAGGAGUGCAAGGCUCAGAACCGAAGACUCCUCCUGUUCCUAUGCCAGGACCAGUGCAUGCAGGAACUAGUUCGCAAGAUUACUACAGAGCCUCCUGCUGGGAUAGAGGAGACCAAGCGAUUCAAGUAUUCAAAUAUCGCAUGUGAGUUGUUGACAAGUGAUGUGGGCGUGAUCAACGACAAACUGGGGAAUGAGGAGCCUCUCCUGGAAAUCCUUUAUGCCUUCCUGGAGCAACCCUCCCCUUUGAACCCAUUACUGUCGUCCUUCUUCAGCAAGACCAUUGGGAAUCUCAUCGCGCGAAAAACUGAGCAGGUGAUUAGUUUCCUGCGGCGGAAGGAGGGAUUUCUCUCCUUGGUUCUAAAGCACAUCGACACGUCAGCCAUGAUGGAUAUCCUGCUUCGGCUUAUCAGCUGUGUGGAGCCGCCCCCUCUUCGACUAGAGACCCUCGCUUGGCUAAAUGAAGAAAAGCUGGCCCAGAGACUGGUCGAAAUCAUUCAUCCUGAGAUGGAUGAAGAGAGGCAGUCCAACGCGUCUCAGACCUUGUGCGACAUCAUACGUUUAAGCAGAGACCAGGCCAAUCAGCUUCAGGAGAUGUCCCAGCCUGACCCGUUGCUGACCGUGCUGGAAUCGCAGGAGUGUGUGGAGCAGCUGCUACGGAACAUGUUCUCCGGAGACAGGACUGAGAGCUGCAUCGUCAAUGGGAUUCAGGUUCUGCUCACUCUGCUGGAAAUCAGGAGGCCUGUCGUGGAUGGUGUAAUGGACACUCAGGGGUUUGAGAGAAGUUACAACAUUAACAGCAGCAUCCUUUUGGCCAUUGAGCCACACUUGCUUCAUUUCCACCAGCUACUUCUCGAGCCUCCCAAACGAAAUCCUAUGCGGACCACUUUGGGUGUGCUGGAGGAACCUUUGGGGAACACGCGGCUACACGUAGCCAGACUAGUGGCCUCCCUGCUCUACACCAGCUCCGCCAGCCAUGCGGUCAUAGCGCAGGAACUCUGCCGACUCAAUACAAUGGACCUGCUUUUGAACUCGUUCUUCAAGUACACGUGGAACAACUUCCUGCACCUCCAAGUGGAGCUCUGCGUGGCAGCCAUCCUGAGGCCCUGUGCUCACGAAAUGAGACUUCAACCAGGGCCCCUUUCCCAAGACAACGUCAAGCCUCCUCAGGACACGUCCCAGGAACAGGUUUUGACGGAGGUCGUAGACACCCAAGACAAUACUGCACAUAAUUUAUUGGUGACUCAUUUGUUUCAGCAUUGCCGCCUCAUUCAGAGAAUUCUACUGGCCUGGGAAGAGAAUGAUAAAACCCAGUCAGAAGGUGGAAUGAGGAGAGGCUACAUGGGGCACCUGACCAGGAUUGCCAACACAAUUGUCCACAAUCUGGAGAAAGGCCCGGUUCACACCCAGAUUAGUAAUCUCAUCAGCGAGCUACCAGUUGACUGCAGAGGGCGCUGGGAGACUUUUGUGAACCAGACACUUUCAUGGACUAACAAGAGAAACACCAUAGAUCUGGUCGGCAGCGGUAAUCCACGGCCUUCCUCGGAAGAUGACGUGGAGAGCCCCUUCCCAAAAGAACUGACGCUCCAGCAGGCUUUUUCGGACUACCAAAUUCAACAGAUGACGGCAAACUUUGUGGAUCAGUUUGGUUUCAACGAUGAUGAGUUCGCCGAUCACGACGACGGCAUUGGGGCAACAUUUAAUCGAAUUGCAGAGAUCAAUAUCAACAUUGAUGUGGGCCAGGACAGUCCCAAUGCAGCUUCGUUUGACGCUUGCGCCAAGGAGAGAAUUCAAGCCUUUGAUGAUGACGAAGAGGACAUCUGGGAGGACAAAGAAUUCAUCUAUGCAACACAAACCAAGUCCAGGAACAGGUUCGGUGGGUCGCAGGUAGCCCAAGGCCAAGCCUCGAGCAAGGCGUGUGAUGGGUCGGCCACUUCUGACAAAGUGGCAAGCUCAGACUCUGAUGAAGGAGAGGAGCUGAAAGGUGACAUCGACCCUUUCUCCAGCCUGUCAGAGGCCACAAAGAACUCCGGCUGGAUUGCAGACUUUGGGGAGGUCAACUCAAAGGCUCCCGCGGCAGGCGUCGGCUUUGCAGCCUGGGACAGUCCCCAGCCCGCCGCCACCGAGACAGACGACAAGGGCUGGGCCAAGUUUACAGAUUUCCAGCCUUUCUGUUGUUCUGAAACAGGCCCCCGAUGCAGCUCGCCUGUGGACUCGGACCUUAGCACCAAACCAAGCCAGAAUCCCUGCGUGUGGAGCAUAUGCGGGGUGAGGAAAGCCCCCCUUGUGGCUUCGGACAGCUCCUCCUCCAGCAGCUCCGACACUGAUGAAGAUGAGAGUAAGACGGGAGGCGCGUCCACCCACACAGAGACCAUCAACACGGCUGAUGGCAAGGAGACCAUCCGGCUCACCGUGGACGCCAAAAACGAGCGCGCCGUCUUCAGCAGUCACGCAGAGAAGACAGCAGAGGACAAAGGGGAAGGAAAUGAGCCGGAUGCGGAAUCUGGAAGGAAACACGGAGACUGUCCCAGUCCAACGAAGACCAGUCCCACCCAGCAGCCUGAUGCUGUCACACAAGAGAAGCAGCCCCCCGCCAACGGACCGGCCUAACCACAUCAUCAUUCUCAACGAUGACCCUUCCACGCACAGCCACACCUUUCUAUGAUUUCUCUCAGCGGACAUGUUUGCCAGCCCAGUGGCACGUCUGAAUUCAUUGCUCGGGAAGCAUGACCAACAGCCAAAUGGGGUAACACAUUAAAUGAGCUGCCCAAAACAAAAACAAAAGUCGGCAAGGGGGGCUUAUCUUGCCCAUGAAUCGGAGCCUGGUUUGAGUCUCCCAGCAAAACAAAUUUUUCAUUUCUGAAAUUCAACAUGUCAUGGGGAUGGAAAGCUGUAGAAGCAUUUAUUCCUCAUCCUUGAUAUCAAGCUGAAGGUCAUAGGGGAAAAAAAAGUGACUAAUAUCGUUCUAUUAGUGCGUGCUAGUUGGUUUACUAGUGUGCUGUAAUGUGCUACUCGUGAGAACAAGAGUGUAUGCGCAUGGACCUUAAAGUACAUAUCAAAGAUACGGUAAGAAAUAUUUUCAACAUCAUGCCCAACUGGGCCUAUUAGAAAUCAUGCGUGUCACUGCUCAAGUUUAAAUGCGUGAGUGUGAGAACGCUGUCUGAGAUGCAGAGGUUACGCAGGUCUGCGUCAGAGGUAUGCCCGAUAUAAAAAGAAAGCACAUUUGUGUAAAACACACGCGCGCACACACACACACACAUACAUACAUACACACACUGUAUUAUUAAAAAAAAAAAACUCCAAAAGACGCACAGGUAUGUUCCCAUUCAUACCUCCUCCCACUCCUCCUCAGAAGCUGUCAGUGAACUAUUGUGAUAUUUGCACCUGUAUUAGAUUGUGGCUACUCUUGGUAAUAAACAUAAUCUAAAUGUAUAACAUACACAUAUAAUCAUAUCUAUUUUUGGAACAAAAGAUGGAGAAACCGAUUGUGUGCGUUGUAUGUGCGUAAGCUGUUGAAAUGAGGCAAUAAUGAGGUUUUGGAAUUCCAGCAGCAAUUCCAGAGGACAGUGUGGGCGUGUGUGUAUGUGUCGCCUUCCAUGUCAUUGGGCUAAUAACGUAGCACAUUAGGCAAUCUGCUGGAAAAUCUAAUCUGUUGCAUCGCCAUUGCCAUGUUGUUACUCAUACGAUGUCAAUGACAAAAUAAAAAUGGCUCGUUCCAAGCAGAAUUCCCCGCACAAUGGCCAGGGAUCUUUGUUUGUACCACUCCAGAGAGUAGAAUGCGUUUAUUCAGGAUAAGGUGUUUGUUUGUCUUUCCACUUGUUUCAGGGCUGGUGGUGACCCUGGUUACUUAUUGGCUCUGUGGAUUUAUUUGCUGGUAGUCCACUUGUGGCAUGCCUGCCACACAGUUCUGGGGUUCAGAGUUCAAAUCUCGGCUCAGGAUCCCCCUGUUUGGAGUUUGCGUGUUCUCCCGUGCUUGCAAAUGCGCGUUAGGUUCAUUGAAGAUGAAAUUGCCCCCAAGUGCGACUGGUUGCUUGUCUAUAUUCCCCUCUAAGAUUGGCUGGUGACCAAGCCAGGGUGUAUGCUGGGAUAGGCUCCCAUAUAAAGACAAGCGUAAUGGAAAAUGGACGAGUAGAAUAAUUUGGGUUGAUCUGAAUCUGAUUCACAAGCGCUUUUGGUGAAGGCUUUAUUACAAUGUUGAAUGGUCCUUAUGUUAUUUACAGUGCACACGUUAGAAUACGCUUUGCUUUCUGCCAAAGCCUUUGAGUAGUUCCAGCUUCUAUUUUGGCAGCCAUUAAAAUCCAAAGCAGGGGUCAGAUUUUUUUUUUUGGUUUUGUUUUGUUUGGUUUUGUCGUAUUUUUUUUUCCAAGAUGAAUGUGACGCUUUUGCUUGUUCCACGUGUGACGUGCACAAAGAAAUCAGGAUUCAGGGAGAAGGAAAAGGGAACUUUUUAACCACUGAAUAUGUCAAACAGUGCAGGAGGUUGCUUUGUCGAUGUGACUGUGUAACAGCACCAUGCUUUGUGGGCAUCUCAGUGGCUGUUGCUCAUUCCAAGGUGUGUGUGCGUGUGUUUGCGGUAGAAAAAAAAAAUCUGUGUUGUAAAAUGCCUUUCUUUUUUUUGGUCUCAAACUCAAGCUAGUGUUAUUUUUUUUAUUUUUUUUUUGAAGCAGUGUGUCCGUUACUCGUUGUGACUUUAGCUUGUAAAUUCAUAUACGAACACAAUAAAUAUGUCCGAAGAAAUGUGA